ACCCAUCCACGCCGCAACUCCCUCGACCUUCUUCUAACACAGUCCUCUCUGCCCCCCUAACAACUACAAGCCUCGCGAACCAAGCAAACUACAUCCCGCCCUCCACCUCCGGUGUCGUCCCUGGUACUCAAGAACGCCUACCAGCUAUAUCCGCACAGCGCCAAAUUUUGGGAAGGAGGCAACGCACCCAGGACGAUAAUAACGACGAUAUCGACCUCGCCGGCUCUCAGUCGGAGCUUCAGGAAGCUUCAGCUUCCCGUGCAAUACCCGCAGACAGCCCUAGGAGGAAACGCAGACGUGCCGACGGUAACAUGUUGGCGGACGCGGACAGGCCGGUAGCAUCUAAUGGCACGUCGAGGCCUUACGCCAACGGGAAGUCGCACCAGAGGUCUUCGGUAUCGGGCGCCGCAAAUGGAACUAGUAAGGCAGUUAAUGGCUCCUCAAAAGUCCGUCAGUCAGAGACGUAUUUCGGCCACGAUCGCGAAGAGGUCACGAGAUUGCUUAUACAAGCACUCACGGACAUGGGGUACCAAUCUGCAGCUCAGAGCGUGAGCCAGGAGAGCGGAUUCGAACUAGAAAGCCCGAUGGUUGCCGCAUUUAGGAACGCUAUACUCGAGGGAGAUUGGGCCGAAGCAGAGCAGCUACUUUCUGGGGCAAUAAUUUCUGGUCAUCGAGUUGGUGAAGAUGGCAAUGGGCUAGUCUUAACAAAUGGUGCAAAUAGACGGAUGAUGCAAUUCUGGAUACGCCAACAGAAGUUCCUAGAACUCUUGGAGCAGAGACAGACUGCUCGCGCCCUCGCAGUCCUACGGACCGAACUUACCCCGUUAUAUCAAGAUACACAGAAACUUCACUUUCUGUCUAGCUUGCUCAUGUGUCAGAAGACAGAAGAUCUGAAGUCAAAGGCGGAAUGGGAUGGUGCGUAUGGAGAAUCUCGGCAUAUUCUCCUAUCCCAAUUGUCGAAAUGCAUUUCGCCAUCCGUCAUGCUUCCAGAACAUCGUUUAGCCACACUAUUGACACAAGUUAAAGCAAAUCAAGUCGACAGAUGCUAUUGGCACUCAUGCGCCACAUCUCCGUCUUUAUACUCAGAUCACGCGUGUGAACGACAACAAUUUCCAACCGAGAAUGUUCUUGAACUAGAUGAGCAUGCUGAACAAGUCUGGCAGGUUGUCUUUUCUCAUGACGGGACAAAAUUAGCCAGUUGUGGCCAAGGCAAACAAGUUAUUAUUUGGGAUGUUCCGUCUUUUAGACCACUUCAUUAUCUUAAUGACCAUGACGACGGUGUUGGAAAUGUUGCCUGGAGCUGGGAUGAUUCGAUGAUUAUCACAUGCUGCCAGGACCGACAUGCAAGAUUAUGGGAUGCCAAUACGGGUGCAUGUCUAAAGAAACUUGAACGAUGUCAAGAGCCCGUUACCAGUUGCGUAUGGGCUGUGGACGGCCGGACUUUUGUCACCGGUGCUCUAGAUAAAACACACGGCCUAAUUCAAUGGAAUCUUGACGGAGAAAAGGUACACGAUUGGAAUAGCCCUCAUAGAGUUGAGGAUUUGGCUAUGUCGCCAGAUGGACACUGGCUAGUUGCGUCGGAUGGAGGAACUAAUGUUCAUGUCUACAACUUCGUAACUCGCGAACUAGAGUAUCAGAUGGACCUACAGGUGAGAUUGACAUCUAUCAGCAUCAGCCAAAACUCUCGACAUCUGCUGGUAAAUCAUAAUAACGGCAUUGCGCAACUCAUCGACCUAAUCCGACGUGAGCCGGUUGGAACUUAUACGGGCUUUACUAGCGAAAACUUCAUGAUUAGAAGUGCAUUCGGUGGAGCCGAUGAAAGUUUCGUAAUUAGUGGGAGCGAAGACGGAUCAAUUAACAUCUGGCAUAAAGCCAGCGCCCGGCUCGUCGAGAAGCUUACCGGACACAUUCCUGGGUGUAACUCUGUAUCGUGGAAUCCAGCCGAUCCCUGUCUAUUUGCGUCAUGUGGAGAUGACGGCAAGAUUAAAAUAUGGUCUAACAACAGUUGGCGAUCCCAGCACUACGAUGCAAACCGGGCAGUGGACGGUUCUUAAUAAACUGUAACGCGUGUUUAAAUUCUGAUACUUGCAUGGGACCGGCGUAUUGGAUGACGGCAGCAUGGCGCUUCUCAUCUCUAACAUGUGUUAGGUCUCUACGGACGCAGACUAGGAGUGACUAUCUCGGGG